CUAAUCGUCUGCCCUGUUUUCCCUCCCUUCUCCAGUCGCUCACUACCGAAUCUUCAGCUACACGGCGGCGAAGCAAAGCCCCAACAGUCGAUUCGUGGCCAUGGCCCUGACAUGCCCGGAGACGUUCCGUGCCUUCCUGCUCAUGACGGCUCUCAACUACUCGCGGCUGCGCGGGUCGCUGCAGGCCACCGACAUGGAAGAGACGUAUCUGCACCACAAGCUCGAGGCCAUGCGCCAGGUCAACGGCCUGAUCGCGGACCCCGUCCAGUCCACCAGCGACGGGUGUCUGGUUCUAAUUACCGCCCUGGCGCUCACUGAGAGCGGCAUGGGCGACAUCGAGGCAGCAGAGGCGCAUCUCAACGGGCUAUUCACCCUGGUGGACAAAGACCGCCCGGAGGAGUGGCACCACCGCUUCUUCGGCAUCCUGCAGAGAAUUAUCCUCAUGGCCGGCAGUUUCAUAGCCGCGGCUCAGCGGCUCGAGAGCGACGAGGUCCAGCGGAUCGUGGCCGAGGACUCGGAGCUCGCGACGCACAAGCGGCCGCACUACACCAAGCCGCCCGGGCCGCUGUUUUCGACGGCGCCGUUCGCCACCCAGCUGUCGCCGUUCUACCUGGCGACAACCCCAGACAUUGAGGCGUGGAAGUCGGACGCCGAGGCCGAGGUUCUAGCCAUAGCACUACGCCACCUCACCUUGCUAUGCGCGCCGCUCGACGGGCGCCGAUCCGUGUCGGCCGCCCCCUUUGCCAGCACGGCCCCCAGCCCGUACCGUCCGGAUCUCUCGGGCAGCCCGUCGAGGGGAAACAGCCCGCUGCUGCCGCCCCGGCCCGGCGGCGUGCCAGCCGCGUUCAACAUGCCACCAGACGGCCGCCACCUCGUCAAGGAUGCCGUGAGCAUCCUGCUAGCCGACACAGAGUCGUACAUCGUCAGCCGGCUCUUCUACCCGCCGCCCGACCGCCACGCCAGACCCCAGCCAGACCCGCACUCUUUCCAGUCUCCCACACUAGAGACCAUCGUGGUGGCUACUAGCGGAGUAGGGGGGAACGGGGCGUCGACAGCGUCCCACCGAGCGAGAUCCCGCCUCUCGCAGCACCAGCACGAAGUAGCAGCCCUGCCGCGGCAGCAAUACCCCUACGAGCGGCUGCCCGCCACCGUGUUCCCCUUCACCGGCCGCGCCUGGGCCACGGCAGGCUAUCUCUACCUGCACGUGGUGCUGGCGCCGCUGUGGGACGACGACGAGGGCGAGCACAGCAGCGACGCGGCGGCAGAGCCAAAGCCAGCCAUCGACCCGCACCUGCUGCGGCUGCUUCUCGACACGCUGCGCGUUGAUAUCAAUCAUACCGAGGCCGCCAUGCGCCAGGGCGCCCACAGCAGCGAGCUGUGGCUAUGGCAGGUCGCCGUGGGGGCUCUGACAAUGGCAGCGGCUGUGCGGCGGCCAGACGACGUGUUCACCUGCGGGCAGCCGCCGCCGCCUGAAGGAGCUGACGCCAGCGACAACGACACGGGCGCGGACGAGCCGUAUUCGCGCCGCCGCCGCCGCACGCGCAGCAGCAGUGACAGCAGAGCAGCAGUAGCCAGAAACGCCGCCUCUGUCUCACAGACACAGCCACCGCAGCACCCGCGCCCGCCACGGUUCACCUCAGCGGGAUUCACAAACAGCUCAAACCAGCUAUGGCCGAACCAACUGGCAUCGUCGUCAGACUCCUCGGACGAGUCUGCCGCCGACUCAGACUCAUCCAGUGACGAAGACGCCAACAGCAGUGGCAGCGGCGGGUUCCUCGCCCAAGAGACACACCCGCGAUUACAGUCACAAUCACAGUCGCAGUCGCAGUCGCAGUCGCAGCCCCAAUACCAAGCCCGGGAAGAAGAGGAUAAUGAAGAGACCUCCUACGUCCCGUCCAUGCGCGCCUGGUUCGCCGAGCGUUUGCGUGUGUGGAGCCGCGCCGCAGGCGUCGCUGACUGGCCUACGGCCCGUACUAUGCUGGCGCGCGUCGCCUGGCCUGAGCAAGGUACUACUGCAGAUGAGAUUGCUGAGCGCUUGUGGUGCGAUGCCUUGGGCGUGGCGUCUCCUGGUGGUAUUAAUGGCUGAUGGUUGAUGUGCAUUGUGCAUUGUGCAUUGUGCACUGUGCGUUGUGCGCUGUGAGUUGUGUGGCGGUUCAGGUGGGCUUGCCGUUGCAGGAUUUUAAAGGGGGAUCUGUUUUGGGUUCUGUUUUUGUUUUGUCCGGCGCAGCAACAGUUUGGGCUACCUAGGUGAAUCGGUUUAAGCAUGUCGAGUAGGCGCAAGCGGCGUUGUUGUUGUUGUUGUUAUCGGUUUACUCUAAGCUGUCAACAGUGGAUGAGAGCUCUUGCUUCGGUCCGAGAUGUGCCUGGCCGUCACCAGGACUAGAGGACAAGAGGUAGCUUGCUGUUGAAAAGUUCUUGGUCACUGUCAGAAAGCGCUUCUUCUUGAUCAAAACCAUGGCACCCAGACGAAAAAAACAAUUUAGUUUCACAUAGCCUUUAGAGAGUUAUGACAGG